UAGAUGAACAAAGUGAAUCAGAAUCAUCAUCGUCAGAAGAAAGUGAACCAGAAUCAUCGUCAGAGGAAAAUGAACCAAGUGAAUCAGAAUCUUCAUCGUCAGAGGAAAGUGAACCAGAGUCAUCAUC